AACGUGCGCUAAGCUUGACAUUCAGUUGAGUCGAUGGCGUGUAGAAGGAUUUCGUGAAUUUAUGACAUUUAUACUGAUUCUUGCAAGAGGUUACCAACGUAACAAGAAAUCUUAGCAUGUCCGUGAAACAGGCAUCGGUCCAUGCUAAAUGGAUCAUUGGCAAAGUGAUAGGAACUAAGAUGAGAAAGACGGCAAAGGUGCGAGUCACCAGGCUUGUCUUGGAUCCUUAUCUUCUCAAGUUCUACAACAAGAGGAAGACUUACUUUGCUCAUGAUGCCCUGCAACAGUGCUCUGUCGGGGACAUAGUUUUGUUGAGGGCCUUACCUGAGAGGAGAUCCAAACAUGUUAAGCAUGAACUGUCAGAGAUUGUGUACAAAGUGGGCAAUGUUAUUGACCCUCUCACUGGAAAGAGAGUGGCAGGUCGCCAGUUUCUGGAGCCCCUCACCGAAACAACAGAUUCUCCCUCUCCAGAGUCCUUAACAGAAAAGUUGCAAGAACUGAACAUUACUGCUUCCCCACCAUCAACAUCCACAUAAUCUUGUUUAUAUAGACUGUCAUGUGAUGUUUCAUUGUUACGUUACUUACCCUCAUGUUUAACCCUUGCCGACCAUAUUAAAUGUACUUUACUAUUAUGAAGAAUCUAUAGUGAAAAUUUCUUCUUUUUCUAAUUAUUCUGC